GUCAUAAAUAGAAUCAACUUUAAAACUCAUUACGUUUCCUUCUCCAGAAAAUAUUAAACCUACAACUUAAAAUUACUGAAAAUUUUAGAACGAGCAUUGUAGAUUUUGUCUCCUCAUUCAGAGCCGGAACACCCAGAAACGUAGACCUACAAAAUUCUAUCAAUACUCAAUACUUAAACAAGUGCUUCGAUUUUUAUAAGUUUAUUAUUUAUAAAAAAUUCAGCUUUAAUUAUGGAGAAUGAAACAGCUUAUAAAGAAAGUGCUGAGAUCAGUAAGAGUUUAUUAAUCUCAAUCCCAGAAAAUCUUAUAAUUGGCAUUCUAAUUUUCGUACUGUUCGUGCUUCCAAUAUUUGCAUUUUCCACCUAUUCUGCAUUUCUAAAGCUUGCAAAACAACAUGCUGGGAGAUAUCCGAUUUUUCCAUGUUUCGUAAUAUUAUUAAAUGCACUUUUCAUGGGACUAUUUAUGGGUGUAUCUUUUAGAACUAUUAUUUCGUAUCUUAAAGGCGAUUAUGAAUAUGCAGUAAUCUUUGAUCUGGAUAUGUAUCUAUUCCUAAUAUUCGGUUUAUUCGUAGUUACCGAAAAGGAUCUAAAAUAUACACCAGUUCACAAAAUCUUUCUUCCAGUUAUAGGCGGAAUGUUGGUGCAAAUAAUCUUAGCAUUAUUUUUUGUUGUUGCGUAUUUUAUACAAGAAUAAUACUAAUAACAUGUCUGUUGGGAAUAACUUCUCACGAUAAAAACCUUUUUUGCGCAUCACCGAGUCCUUACGUAGUAGAAACCCCAAAAAGUCUGUAAAAAAUAUAUUUAUCAGGACUUUUUGGGGUUUUCCUACUAGAGGACAUCAUAAUGAACAAAAAAUGUUUUUAUUGUGAUGGGUUAUUCCCAACAGGAGCAAAGUUACGGGCUACUCUUCAUGAUUAGUCAUCCUCAUUUAUCUUAAUUUAUCCUCAUAUGGGCCUGAACUCAGAAAAUACAUUUUUCUCAGGACUUUUUAUGGUUCCUCCUACUAAAGGACAUUGUAAUGAACAAAAAAUGUUAAUAUUAUACUGAGUUCUACCCAACAAAAAAAAUGUUACUGGCUACUCUUCAUUAAGGACAUGUCCAUUAAUCGGAAAAAAACCAAAAAAAUGUUAAAAUCGACUAAAGGAAACAGUAAUUUGUACAUUGAUGAAACUUUAUUGAACUAGUAUAUAUCAUUACAAUCAUUACAAGGAUGAAUUAUAAUAAUAACUACUUAAUUAACAAUUAAUAAUAAUAAUAAUAAUAAUAAUAAUAAUCAUAAUAAUAAUAAUAUAAUAAUAAUAACUAUAAAUAUAAUAGCCGACAAUUAUAAUACAAUAAAGGUAUAAUGAAAGAAAAAAACCGAAUUGUCUUUAGUUGUAUUUUCUUGUGACAGCUGCCUCAAUGCCUCAAUAUCUCUAGCUUUCCUGCAGAGUUAAACUUAUUCGUUAAAUAUUUUCAUCUAUUUCCAUUUCUCCUUACUGUUAAUUUUUUUUUUCCCUUUUUCAAUAAUAAUUUAAAUAUUCAUCAAUACAUUUAUCAAUAAUUACAUAAACUUUAAUUGUUUCUACGGUAAAUCGUUGUGACAACAGGAACUACUCUAAUAAAUAUAAUUUUCUACUCUACUUUAAUAAUUUUCUACUGUUAAUUACUCAUUUAUUUUUUUGGAUUUUUUAUUUUAAUUUUUAUAAUAUAUAUAUAUAUAUAUUUUUUUUAAAUAGUAAAUGUAUGAAUUAAUGGCACCGUCAAAAUUAACUACAAUCGUGACAUCCAGACUGCUUGUACAAAGGUACAAAAGAUUGUACGGUCAUUUAUGUUUCUUUGUGUUUAUUUACUAAUUAAUUAAUUAAUCAACUAAUUGAUCAAUUAAUUAGUUAGUUGUAAAUGGAAAAUUUUUAUAAAUUUUUUGGCUCUAUUUUAAAUAGCCUUCGUAUCAAUAUAGAGAUUUUUUUUUUUCAAUCUAGUCAUUUAAGCAUUCGUUAAUUAUUUUUCAAACACUAAUUGCUACAGAGUAUCUAUUAAUUAAGAGUAUACGUUUUAUAAUUUUUAGUCAUUCACACAACGAUACCCGAGAACUAAGUAAUUAUAUUUAAAAUUUUUUUUUUUUUAAUUAAAAACAAAAAAAAAAUGUCGGAUUUAAAUCAUGACUGAAAUUUAUCAGGAUAAAAAUAUGAUUGUGACCGGGAAAUAUUUAUGACAUUGGAGCUGACAUCAAUUUAUUUUUGAAUUUUUUCCAAUAAUUAAAAAAAAAAAAUUACACAUCUAGAUUUUUUAAUUUUUUACAUGUGCAUUUUUUUAUUUUUAUUUUUUUUUUUUGGAAUUGAUUUAUUUUCAAAAAUUUCGAAAAUUUUAAAUGUCUGCUGUCAUAAAUAUUUAGACUGAAAAAUCGGAAUUUUAUUUAAAUUCAGAUUUACUCUGGUAAGAGAUCCAGUUUUUGAAAAAAUACGGAGUUUAUUUUUCCCGCUUUUAUUUAAAUUGACAUUUACUCCAAACUGGAGUUUUAAUAUUCAAAUAAAUUCCUCGGAGUGAAUUUUACUCCGUAAAUUAAAGAAACAGUCAUCCGGUCCGCAUUUACUCCGCAAAUUUUUACAGUGCGUGGAUAACAAUCGGAAAUUUAAAUGUUUUCUAUAAUAAUAAUAAUUCAGAAUCUAUAAAACAGUUUAAAAAUCAAAAGACUAUAAUUUAAAAAUAUAUUUUCGAGUACAAAGACGAAUUUACUGAAUUGCUUAGAAAAUUUACUGAUAAUUUAUAUUUAUUUUUUUAAUGAUAAUUUUCUCUUCAAGCAUCCUGCAGAUUUUAAAUCCAAUUUUAUUUACUGCUUCAUAUUCAUUAUCAUU